AUGGAGAAGUCUAAUAACUCUUCAGCAUAUAAAUGGACGUAUGAAUAUUACUAUGAUUACGUUGAUCCGGUGGCUGUGGACGCAAGUACACUGAAGUACAACAGAUAUUCAAUUGUUAUUAUAUUCUGGAUUGCUAUGGCUGCAUUUAUUGGAAUAUUGUUCUUGGUUUUAUCAAGUAUCUCAGGAGCAAAACAUCUUCCAAGACAUCGCAGUAUACGAAGGAACCCAAGAAGAGAAAGAUGUUCUUCAUCCAAACCCAUAGUUUGAUCAAUGUUGUAAAUAACAGCUAAUCUGUUGGGGGAAAAAAAAAAAUUUAAGUGUAUUUUAUU